AUGAGUCACCUACUCAAUCUGCCAGUGCUGCUCCUCAAGGAGGGCACUGACACCUCUCAGGGACGCGCGCAAAUCAUCAGCAACAUCAACGCCUGCCAGGUCAUCGUGGACUGCAUUAAAUCCACGCUAGGGCCUCGUGGCAUGGACAAGCUCAUCCACACAGGAAACGACGUCACCAUCACCAACGAUGGCGCAACUGUCUUGAAGCUUCUUGACGUCGCGCAUCCCGCUGCCGCCGUGCUCGUUGACAUCGCCAAGUCGCAGGAUGACGAGGUCGGGGACGGCACGACUUCAGUCGCCAUUCUGGCGGGCGAGCUGCUCACUGAGGCGAAGCAGUUCAUCAUAGACGGCAUCAGCCCGCAGGUCAUCAUCAAGUACUUCCGCAUCUCCUGCGAGCGCGCGCUUGACCACAUCGAGAAAAUCGCAGUCAACCUCAGCGGCAAGGAUGAGAGCGAGAAGCGUUCGCUGCUCGUGAAGUGCGCUGAGACGUCGCUAAACUCCAAGCUCCUCUCCGGGCACAAGACGUUCUUCGCCGAGAUCGUGGUCGACGCCGUCAUGUUGCUGGACAGCUACCUCGACCAGGACAUGAUCGGAAUCAAGAAGGUCACUGGAGGCAGCUGCAGGGACACCAUGCUGGUCAAGGGCGUGGCCUUCAAGAAGACCUUCACCUACGCCGGCGCGGAGCAGCAGCCGAAGAAGUUUAUCAACCCCAAGAUCCUGCUCAUCAACAUCGAGCUCGAGCUGAGGGCAGAGAAAGAAAAUGCAGAGAUUCUCAUCAAGGACCCAACGCAGUUCCAGAGCAUCAUCGACGCCGAGUGGACCAUCCUGCACGACAAGCUCAACAAAAUCGCCGAGAUGGGAGCGAACAUCGUGCUGUCCAAGCUCCCCAUUGGCGACAUUGCCACUCAAUUCUUCGCUGAUCGCAACAUCUUCGCAGCGGGGCGCGUAGAGCCGGCUGACAUGAUUAGGACCAGCAAAGCCACCGGCGCGUCCAUCCAGAACACCGUCAACGGCAUAUCCACCGAUGUGCUCGGCACCUGCGGGUGCUUCGAGGAGAGGCAGAUCGGCAACGAGCGCUUCAACAUUUUCGAGGACUGCCCGAAGACCACGACUGCCACCAUCAUCCUCAGGGGCGGUGCGCAGCAGUUCAUCGAAGAGAGCGAGCGCUCGCUCAACGACGCCAUUUGCAUCGUGAGGAGGGCAACCAAGACCCACAGCAUCCUCGGCGGCGGCGGCGCUGUCGAAAUGGAGCUGUCGAAGAUGCUGCUCGCCUACUCGCUCACUGUGGUCGGCAAGCAGCAGCUCGUCAUCAACGCGUUCGCCCGUUCUCUGGAGAUCAUCCCCAAGACUCUGGCCCAAAAUGCCGGUUUCAACGCGAUUGACGUGUUAUCUAAGCUCAGGCGCGAACACGCCGUGAGCAAGGAGGCUGUCAACUGGUCCGGUGUCAACUGCCUCAACGGCGACGUCGUCGAUGCGUUCAAGGAGUGCAUCUGGGAACCCGCGCUGGUGAAGAAGAACGCCAUCUACGCAGCCACCGAGGCCGCGUGCCAGGUGCUGUCCAUCGACGAAACCGUUAAGCAUGCCAGCCAGACGCCGCCCAUACAGUAA